CUUCAAGACUUUCCUCUUUCCUGCAAGGAUCUUACAGCUGACUUCCUCCUCUGUUGUCAGUGAAGAGCUGAAAUGGCUUUAAGUGGCAAAAUCGCAGUUGUGACCGGGGCAGCAAUGGGAAUAGGAAAAGCAAUAACGGAGAUACUUUUGCAAAACGGAGCCAAGGUAGCUCUCUUGGAUGUGAAUGAAACUGCAGCAGGGAGUUUGAUGGAAGCCCUCAAUAAACAGCAUGGACAAGACAGAGCUUUGUUUCUGAACUGUAACGUUGAAUCAGAGGAGCAGAUGAAAGCUGCUUUUCAGAAAACUGCAGAAACCUUUGGAGGAAUAGACAUCCUGUGCAACAAUGCUGGCAUCAUGAAUGAGAACAUGUGGGAGAAAACUGUCUCCAUAAACCUUAUGGGUGUUAUCAGGGGGACUUACCUGGCUCUGGAGUACAUGAGCAAGAUGACUGGAGGUCAGGGAGGGGUCAUCGUCAACACAGCGUCUGUGGCAGGUGUCAGCUUUCUACUGACCUGUCCUGUCUAUACAGCCACAAAGAACGGAGUGGUCGGCUUCACUCGAGCCAUGGCGGCUGCCUCUGCUGCAUCAGGCUACGGUAUACGGAUCAACGCUCUUUGCCCAGGUUUUGUCCAAACUGACCUCUUAUCAGACGCCACAUCCAAACUGGGACGAUUCUCGCACCUGGCUGAUGUAAGCCAGCAAUUAGUAGAUAAAAUGGGGAUCUUAAACGUGUCUGAGGUAGCCGAGUCCUUCCUUGAGCUGGUAACAGAUGAGACAAAGAACGGAGAUGCUCUUUUGAUCACCCCGAAAGGAAAGAAAUAUGUGACUUGUCCUUCCUUCAAGUAGCUCUUGGCAGUGGCAACCCACCACCACACCAUCAUACAGCACCAACCCUCAGACUUCAACUGGUGUGUCCUCAAACAUGUCAACAUUUAUCAGAACAUAUGAAAGAUGACAUAUGAAGAUAUUUAACUGGCAGAUGUGUUCAGUUCCUCGAGAUUACCCCAGAAACUUUGAACUUUAACUUGUUAAGGAGAUGGGAUCUUCUGUUCAAAUGUUUGAUAGUUGUUUUUGUUUAGAUUUAAAUGUAAUUUCUUGAUUCGAUGUAUGUGUAUGUGAGGGACAGAUUUGGCAAUGUCAUCAACAAAGUGUAAAACGGUGGCUUUCAGGAUAUCACAAAAUACCCUUUUUUAAGCACCUAUGUACACUCUAAUGCAGAGGUGUCCAAACUGAUCCAUAAAGGGCAGUUUAGCAGGUUUUGGUUCCAACCAAGCAGCAGCACACCAGACUUGAAUCAACUGAUCUUCAGGUCUUCAGACAGUUGAUUGGUCAAACUGUGUGCUCUUGAUUGGUUGGAACAAAAACCUGCAGCCACACGGCCCUUUGUGGAACAGUUUGAAUACAUCUGCUCUAAUGCAAUACAAAUGUUCUGCCAUAAUGUCUACUAUCAUGAUGCCUACAAUGUUUGUUUUUUUGUUGACACUUAUGUACAAUACAGAAACCUUGUGUAGAACUGGAAAAUCAUUGGCAUGGUGAAGAAAAACCCCUUUCUGACUGCACAGCAAGUCAAGAAUGCUCUCCAAGAUGUAGGCAGACUUGUUUCUUAAGACUGACCAUUAGAAGAUUUCGUGACUGUAACCUUAGAUGAUUCACAACAAGACCACUAACCAAACCACUACCAAGCCUCAAAAUGUUUAUUGUUUAUUAUCUUCUGUUUUUGCACCAACAACACCAUGGCAAAUUCCUUGUAUGUAUAACAUACCCGGCAAUAAAGUUUUCUGAUUCUGAAACAGGAAGGUCAAGUUGCAGUGUGGAAAAACACACACACAAAAAAAGAAACCGGUAGAGAAAAACUUACUACUGCCAAUACCCUUUACCAAGACGGGUUUUGCAAUUUGAGCUGGUGGAUUAGUGACAUGUGGUCUCCAUGUGUAUUAAAGAGCUGUAUUUCUGCUGACGUGAGCUCAGUCAAAUAUUAUUCAGAAAAUGUUGCCUUUUAGUGAUAUUCAUAUAGUCAUAGUCAUAUGAAUUCUUGUCUCAUGCUGUUUCCAUAUGUGGGUACCUGUAUGUUUACAAGUCUAUUUGUACAUGUAUUUGUUGGAACGUGUUAGUUUACAAGAGUAGCUGAAUUUCAUUAAACAAUCAAAGAUCAGAUGCCAACUGCUGUAACUCUAACUCCA